AAGAUGGCGGACGAACGAUGACUUUUGAACUGCAGUUGUUUAACUCGCUGUUAGCCUUUUAAUAUUUUAUACUUCGUGUUAUACUCGAUGAAUUUAAGAAUAUCGGAACCCGAGGGUUGUGAAGGGGAAGGAAUCAAACCGCCCAAGGCUAGAAAUCUCUUGCCAUCUAAGAAAUAUCGCGAAAGUGUGAAGAGAUGGGGAGAACCAACAGAGCUCAAAAGAAAACGAGUUAUUAUUGUGCCUAGCAUAAAAUGCGCUGCUAGAGAUGUUUCUGCGACAACAGAAGACAAAGACAAGAAUGUUCAAUACGAGUCAGAAACCGACAGCUUUAGUUCCAAAGUUGAAAGAUACAAAAAGCAGUUGCAGGAACGUAAGAAGACAAGAGAGAUUUUAAAUAGGUGUGGACUCAAGCAAGACUGGCUUACAAAUAAAACAGGCAGGACUGAACUAGAGAGCAGGGUGCUUAAAAGAAUGCUUCUAAAGGGAAGACCGGAGAUCACAAUCAAACAGGCACCAACCCCUCCCCCAGAAAUUGAGGAGGACACAACAACAGUAACAGGUGAAGACAGGGGGGUGCCGACUAUCCGCCAGCCUUCCCCUGCUGCCUUAGCAGUCAUUCAAGAAUACUUGGAUCGCAAGAGGAUGCGUCUCUUAGAUCUGUUCUCUCAAGCAGACAAGGACAAAAACUGGGUGGUAUCACGGCAAGAGUUCAGAAACAUCAUUCGAUCAUGGCGAAUUCCACUGAAGGAGGUUGAUCUGGAGGAUUUGAUUCUUGCCCUUGACAGAGAUAACAGUGAUGCCUUGGAUUACAGGGAGCUGGCUGUGGGGAGACAGUCAUACUUAGAGGAGAGGGUCACCAAACAAGCGGCUGAGAUUGUCCAUACUCCCAGUGUUAAAGCUGCAAAAAGACCGGAAACCAUUCCAGAGGAGCCAGAACCUGUUUCUGAUCCAUUACAGGACAAGUGGCCCAGUACUGGGGCACAGAGGCCUGCAUCCCCUCAGAGACCCUCCUCACCACAGGCCACCACCCAAAGGAGGCCCUCAACAUCACCUCAACGUCCUUAUUCUCCUUCUUCAGCCCAGGCUCAGCCUGUGACCUUUGUUGGGCAGCGACCAGGCUCUGAGCCCCAACAGCAACAUCCUCGUCCUGCAUCACCAGUUAGCAAUGGUAGUAGCGAGAGCAAUAUGUCACCAACCCUGCUGGAAAUACCUGCUGUUCAGUUGUCGGAGAAAGUUGAGCAACUGACGCAAGAUGAGAUAAAAAACAGACGUAUGAAGAAACAGCAAAAACGUAAAGAGAAAGAAAAAGCCAAGCAGAGGAAGCGAGCAGCACCCGAAAAAGUGUCAGUGGCACCUUCCACUCUGGGGGGUAGGAUAGGGGAAAUGGUGGAUCGUUACCGAAAGAUGACGGUGAAAGAAUACAACGAUGUUGUGGAGCUGUGUCACAUGCAUGGAGUGCAGUUAAGCAAGGGCGUUUUGGGACGAGUUCUUCUUCAACCAGAAGAUAAACCACUAUCACAAAUGAAACUGACCUCGAGAAAUCCUGGACUCUUUGCUAUUUCCACCAGGCAUCACAUACCAGCCAGUAAACCCCAGUCUACCACGACCGCCAGCAACCCACGGCGACCAAAGUUUAGAUACCCGGGUCCUACCACGUGACAUCUGAACAAGACUCUCGGAAAGAGAGUGCAACAUGUAAAGUGUUUAAAUUUUAUAUAAAAAAGUGUAAAAUAAAGAAGAAUAAAAUGUAAAUGGUAGAUUCAUACGCCUCGCAGUUAUUUAGAUAUUUUUGCAUUUUUUGGCAUAAAAAAUGCAAUUGAAGCCAAUCAAUAAAUUAAAGUGGAAAUAAAAAGCCAUUUUUAAGUUUCUUUGGGUGCCAACUGACCACAAGAACUGCACGUUCUUCGUUUUUAAACAAUUUUUGUGAUUUUCUAGAGCAGCAUUGGAGAAUUGAUACUUUGUUUUAGCAUUCCAUUAUGAUUUUUGCCACCAAUUUACUCAUUAUUUUCUAGCUCCCUGAUAAAUUUGUGAAGAUAAAAGUAGUGUUAAGUCUGCAUAUGAGCCAAGUGACCCAUCAGACCGGCCCUUAUCUACGGUUUCUUUAGCAUGAAGCGAGUAGGAGCAUUUAUACUCCCCCCUGGAUGGGAUGCUAGUCCAUCGUAGGGUUAUCCCCAGUGUUAAAUCUGGCGGUACCCAUUUAUAUACGUGUACCUGGAUGGGAAGCGGCACCGAUAGAGUGAAGUGCCUUGCCCAAGAACAGAACAAAGUGUCCGCGGCCAGGGUUCGAACCUUGACCACUCGUCCGCCGCGGUCGAGCGCACUAGCUAUGAGGCCACCGCGAGUGAUG